CUCAACUGUAAAAAUGUCUAUUGGGUCAUCAAGUAUAAAAUAUCUCGAAAUUAUUCGUGAUAAAUCUAGAGAUAUUAAUUAGCAUCUGUAAACAUUUUUAUUUAAAAAAAAAAUUGAACAAUUUUUUAUUACAUAUUAAACAGCCAUGGGUAAAUCAUUGAAACGUUAUACUGAUUAGAUAAAUAUUGAACCCGGCUAUAGAUAACAGCAAAUAUCGAGCUCAUUUCAUUAAUUUCUUGACAAGUUCGAAUAUAGUUUUCAGUAUAAUAUAUUCAGUCGUUGCCCAUUGAAUGUAAGCUGUUGCAGGUAUACUUAUCUAUUUUUAGGACAACGGAAUAACAAUAUAAUAAUAACCAAUAUUCAAGCAUUAUUGUUGACUAUUUAUCAUAAACCACAAUACGAAUUCUGCAACAGUAAUAACUAAUAGGUAUAUAUUAUGUACAGAGAAAUACCAACAACAGAUAAGAAAGUAGAACGUGAUCGUAAUCCAAGAUCGAAUGCAAAUAUUUUUGAAAUCGUCACAUAUAGCUGGAUGUUAAAUAUAUUAAAAACAGGACAACUAAGAGAUUUAAAUGAAACAGAUUUGUAUACGACAUUUGACGAUCACACAUCAUCAUCUUUAGGUGAUCAAUUAGAAAAGACAUGGAAAUCAGAGCUGGCCAAUGCAUAUUUAGUAAAUCGAAAGCCAAGAUUAUUGAGAGCUUUGAUCCGAAUGUUUGGUACUAAAUAUAUGUUACACGGAUUUAUAUUUUGCAUAAUUGAAAUUAUUUUCAAUAUGUCUCAGCCUUUAUUAAUCGGUGAACUUUUGGCAUACUUCAAUCCCGAUGAUUCCACAAAUGCCGACUUGGAAUAUGCAUGCCUAUGCGCAUCUGGUUUAGUAUUCAUCUUAUUCAUUUCAACAAUCUUAUACGUGUUAAUGGUUCAAGAAUGCUUAAACGAAGCGAUGAAAACGAAAAUUGCUUGCUGUUCUCUUAUUUACAGAAAGACAUUAUGCCUGAGUCAUAAAACUCUUGGUGUAACCACCGUCGGACAAGUGAUCAAUUUGAUAUCAAAUGACAUCAACCGAUUCGAUGCAGCAUUACAUAUGAUACAUUUUUUAUGGAUUGGACCUUUGCAAACAAUAGUAGCAACGUAUUUUUUAUGGCAGGAAAUUGGCAUGUCGUCUUUAAUUGGAAUUGCUACAUUUUUAUUUUUUAUUCCAUUACAAGGUUGGAUGGGGAAAAAAAUAUCUGAAAUCCGUUUGCAAACGGCUAAAAAGACUGAUGAGAGAAUACGUUUAAUGAAUGAAAUCAUUUCGGGAAUACAAGUGAUAAAAAUGUACUCGUGGGAAAAACCUUUUGGAAAACUUAUAGAAUAUGCGAGAAAAAUGGAAGUUGAACAGAUUAAAAAAUCGACAUUUGUUGGAUUCAUUUGGUUAUCAUUUAGAAUAGUCCAAUCAAGAUUUCAACUAUUUAUCAGCAUUUUAUUCUACAUAAUACUGGGAAAUGACAUAUCUAUACGAAAUGUUUAUGUACUUACAUCUUUCUUCAGCAUAUUGAAUAUAACGAUGUCUAUGAGAUUUUCUCUCAGUUUGCUGCAAAUAGGUGAAUUGAUGGUAUCCAUUAAACGCAUACAAAAUUUUUUAAUGCUCGAGGAACUAGAUUAUCAAAUACCUAAUUCUUGUUCAAAUUCUGAUAAAUCAAUUGAAGACAAUGUUGAACAGACUACUUUUGAUAAUAUUGCAAAUAACAGUAAGAGCUUUGAAAAUAACACUGAAUUUGUUAACAGCCAUGAUAUUGUUAUAUCGAAAGCUUUUGCGAAAUGGUUAGAAAACCAAGAUAGUAACACAUUAGAAAAUAUUAAUUUAACAGUAAGUCCUGGACGAUUAGUUGCAGUUAUCGGACCGGUGGGUUCCGGAAAGAGUUCAUUACUACAAUUAAUUUUACGGGAAUUACCGAUUUCCCAAGGCAACUUGUCUGUGCAUGGUGUAGUGUCUUAUGCAUCACAGGAACCAUGGUUAUUUUCUGGGACUAUUCAACAAAAUAUUCUAUUUGGAUCACCAAUGGAAAAAGAACGUUACAAACGAGUUAUUGAUAUAUGUGCACUAAAAAAUGAUUUUGAACAAUUUCCUCAUAGUGAUGAGAUGGUUGUGGGAGAAAGAGGAAUAACUUUAAGUGGAGGACAAAGAGCAAGAAUUAAUUUAGCUAGAGCGGUUUAUAAACAAGCAGAUGUUUACUUAUUGGACGAUCCUCUUUCCGCUGUUGAUAUUAAAGUGGGUAAAUAUCUGUAUCAAAAAUGCAUUCGAGAUUACCUCAAAGAUAAAACGUGCAUUCUUGUUACUCAUCAAAUACAAUACUUAUCUGACGUUGACCAAAUUGUUCUAAUGGAUAAUGGUCAUAUAGUAACUGAAGGCUCUUAUGAAGCUAUAAAAGCAUGCAAUUUUGACUUUGCAAAACUACUUGGAUUUUCAGAAGAAAUAAAAAUUGAAACUAGCAAUAAAACCAACUGUAAUGACGACGCACUCGUUUCGUCUCUUCGUGGAUCCAACAAAAGUAUUUCAUCAUACAAGUGUGAAAGUCAGCAGAGUGAAGCCCUAACUCCGAAACCUAAAGAAAUAUUAGCACAUCCUACUCAAAAAUAUGAUUCCAUGAAAGUUUUUAUAGCGUACAUCACUGCUGGUGGAAGUACAUCUAACAUUUUAUUUUGUUUUUUGAUGUGCAUUAUUACUCAAGUACUCACUUCUAGUGCAGAUCUUUGGCUUAGCUUUUGGGUUAAUCAGGAGGUUUAUCAAAUUUAUAAUACGAAUAAUACUUUUUGCAAUAAUAGUACACAUUCUCUAAUGAUCCUGGAUUCAUUUAGCUCCUUACCAUGGUUUUCAAAUUUCCAUCAACACUUUGUCAUUGUUUGUGCUCUUCUCAUGGUUUCCCUGAUAGUAUCAGUUAUCAUCCGGACCACUAUGUUUGUUAGAAUGACUAAGAAAUCUUCAAUCAAUUUACACAAUAGAAUGUUCAAUUCCAUUGUAAGAACCCCCAUGCAUUUUUUCAAUACAAAUUCAUCAGGCCAGAUAUUGAACCGAUUUUCUAAUGACAUAGGAGCUAUAGAUGAAAUCUUACCAAAUAAUGUUUUAAGUUUCACACAAAUUUCCAUAGGUAUAUUUGGAACUGCAUUAGUUGUUGGAUUGACUAAUAUUUAUCUCUUAAUACCAACAUUUACAAUGGGCUUCAUCGUUUAUAAACUUAGAAAGUUUUAUUUUAAUACAUCACAAGUUGUCAAAAGAUUGGAAUCCACUACACAAAGCCCUGUAUUAGCUCAUAUGAAUGCAUCAUUUCAAGGUUUAACAACAAUAAGAGCAUAUAAAGUAGAAAAAAUUCUAACACAAGAAUUUGACAAGCUUCUAGAUUUACAUUCAUCUGCUUCAUAUUUGCGUAUAUGUUUAACUCAAGCGUUAGGGAUUUGGUUGAAUAUAAUCAAUAUUCUUUAUACAAUUAUUAUUUUAGUCUGCUUUUUAGUAAUCGGCAACACUAUCCACGGAGGAAGUGUUGGUCUAGCUCUAACAGAAGUGAUUGGAUCAAUCGGUAUAAUACAAAUAGGAGUAAGGUUAUCAGCAAUAUUAGAAAGCCAAAUGGUAUCCGUCGAAAGAGUAAUAGAAUAUACUUAUUUAACACAGGAAAAUGCUCUUCAAUCUAAUACUAACAAAUCACCACCAAAAGAAUGGCCAUUUUCGGGGAAAAUUGUAUUUAAACAUUUUAAUUUACGUUACCGUCCAGGUUCACCUUAUGUGUUAGAAGAUCUAAAUAUACAAAUUCAGCCGAUGGAAAAAGUUGGUAUUGUUGGUAGGACUGGUGCAGAUAUACAUGAAUUGCCGCUUGAAGAUCUGAGAUCAAAACUUUCCAUCAUUCCUCAAGAACCAGUGUUGUUUUCUGGAACAUUGCGAACAAACUUAGAUCCAUUCGAAAUAUACCCGGAUCAUGCCCUUUGGAAAGCUUUAGAUGAAGUAGAACUCAAAAACUUUAUACUCGAUUUGCCUGAUGGACUUAACUCGAAAAUGUCUGCGAGUGGUUUGAAUUUUAGUGUGGGGCAAAGACAAUUAGUUUGUUUGGCUAGAGCUAUAGUUCAAAAUAAUAAAAUUCUAGUAUUGGACGAGGCUACUGCAAAUGUUGAUCCAUUGACCGAUGCGUUGAUUCAAAAUACAAUAAGAAAUAAAUUUCGAUUUUGUACAGUACUAACAAUUGCUCACCGGUUAAAUACUGUUAUGGAUUCUGACAGAGUACUAGUGAUGGACCUGGGAAAAAUAGUUGAAUUUGAUCAUCCAUUUAAUUUGUUGAAAAACAAAGACGGAUAUUUCUACAAAAUGGUUGAUGAAAUGGGGAAGGCAACAUUUGAUUUGUUCCAUAGUGUGGCUUUAGAGCGUUUCAAAACAGUACAAUUGAUAGAGAAAUCUCCAAAUAAAUAAAUUAUUGAAGAACUUAACGUUGUUUAAAAAUCACUAUAAUUAAUAUUGAUAAAUAUGAUAAAUAUUUAUUUUUUUUAUUGUUACUAGUUUUUUCUUUGACUUCAUUGAUUUAUUCUCAUAGCUUUUUAAUGGUUGUAUAUAAAAACAAUGUAAUCAACAACUUACUUACACUAUCACUGUGUCACAAAACAAUAAAUAUUUUUUUUUUAUCUGACGUUAAUGUUUGUCAUUAAACAAAUCAACUAUUAUCUUAUUUAAAAAAUGUUAUUUAUUUUUGACUUAAAAUACAGGUACUAAUGAAUUAUUA